AAAGCUUUCCCGGUUCCAUAGAAGAAAGAUAUAAAGAAAGGAGAGCCCCCUAAUCCUAUUCUCACGCUUCUUCUUCCAUAAUCCAUUUCAUUCGUUCUCUCUCUUUCUCUCACACACAAACAACAAACGACAACAAAAAAAAUCUAGUACGACAACACCCAUCAUCUCAUCCUUUCUCCAUUUUCAUUCCUCAUUAAACCCAACAAGAAAAAUCCAAUCUUUAUCAGUUUAUCCUUCCCUGCUCCCAUUUUCUGUUCUGGGUUUUCUUCGUUUUGCAUUUUCCUACGAUGGGUUUGGCCGGAAUUGAUUAGAUUCCAUCUGGGUUUUCUCUCUUUUGUCGUUUUGUCGAUGUAGAAGAAGGAAAGAAGGAAGCUUUGGGUUCUUUCAUUUCUAUGGUACUGAAUGCUUUUCUCUUUUUUUGUUAUCUUUGAUGUUUGAUAUCAGAAUUAUGUAAAUGAAAACCGAAAUGGCUGAGAGGAAUGCUUUGGCUCCUGGAAUCGUUGCUCGUAAAUCAUUGUUUUGUCUGUUUACCAUUGCUUCAAUCAUCUUUAUAUUUUCGUGGUUCUUUGUAUUGCGUUCCACCGGUCGUCCUCGUUUCAUCGAUCACAGCUUGCUGCCAAAUUCUAAGGUGCUUUCUUUAAUCAACAAUGGCGGUUCUACUACACAGAGUCAAAGUGAUCAAUCAGUCUUGGUAGAUAAUGAAGAAGGAGAUGCAGAAGAGUCUUCUUCUUCUUUUUCUUCUCAAGAUAGCCAUGGUGGUGUUGCUACAUGCCAGACCAAUAGUAAUAAAGCAGCCCUUCUUAAGGUGUAUAUGUAUGAUUUGAACCAUGAAUUCCAUUUUGGGCUAUUGGAUUGGGAACCAGAAGGAAAUGGACAAGUCUGGCCUGAUCUUCUAAAUAAAGUGCCUGAUUAUCCUGGUGGGUUGAAUUUGCAACAUAGUAUAGAAUAUUGGCUUACUUUAGAUAUUCUUGCUUCAGAACUUGCUAAUCCACCAAAUGCUGAUUCUGUAAUAAGAGUUCAUAAUUCUAGUGAAGCUGACAUUGUUUUUGUACCAUUCUUUUCUUCUUUGAGUUACAAUCGGUAUUCGAAGACGAAUCCGCACCAAAAGAAGAGCAAUAACAAGUUACUUCAGGAUAAAUUAGUGAGGUUUUUGACUGCUCAGAAGGAAUGGCAGAGAUCAGGUGGAAGAGACCACUUAAUUGUGGCUCACCAUCCUAAUAGUUUGUUAGAUGCAAGGAUGAAACUUUGGCCUGCUACUUUUAUUCUUGCUGACUUUGGAAGGUAUCCUCCUAACAUAGCAAAUGUGGAAAAGGAUGUGAUUGCACCAUACAAGCAUGUGAUUAGAACCUUUGUCAAUGACUCAUCUGAUUUCGACAGCCGUCCUACUUUGCUGUACUUCCAAGGAGCAAUCUAUAGAAAAGAUGGUGGCUUCAUUAGGCAAGAGUUAUUUUAUCUUCUGAAAGAUGAAAAAGAUGUGCAUUUUGCAUUUGGGAGUGUUCAGAAAGACGGAAUUCACAAGGCUACACAGGGAAUGCACUCGUCAAAAUUUUGUCUCAACAUAGCGGGGGACACCCCCUCUUCAAACCGCCUCUUUGAUGCCAUUGCCAGUCACUGUGUCCCUGUCAUCAUCAGCGAUGAUAUCGAACUCCCUUACGAGGAUGUCCUAGACUACUCUGAGUUCUGCAUCUUUGUCCGUACAAGGGAUGCUUUAAAAGAGAAAUUUCUCAUUAACCUUGUCCAGAGUAUAGGGAAGGAGGAAUGGACUCGAAUGUGGAAUAAACUGAAAGAGGUUGAAAGUUUCUACGAGUUUCAGUUUCCAUCGCAGGAAGGUGAUGCUGUACAAAUGAUUUGGCAAGCUGUUGCUCGGAAAGUACCUGCUAUUAAAAUGAAAAUACACAAGUCUAGACGAUUUUCUCGUUCUCUUGAUGGCAAGGAAAGCGAGUUUAGAUAUGUACCAACUCCAAACAACUUCUGAUGCAAUGCCAAUUUACUAGCAGGUUGGUACAAAGGCAUAGGAGAAAGUAUCAAAGGAAGCAUCCUCGCCAGCUCAAAACCCAACAUCGGUUUACCCCAAGGAAGCGAAUCCCAGUAAGUCGUGCCAUUAGGCAACUCCAUCGAGGACGAGGUUUCAUAGGUCUUGGCCGAAGGCUUCAACGACCUAUAGAGAAUGGGGUGGCUCGCCAACUAAAGAACAUGUAGUAGGCUUUCUCGUUAUACACAUACCAAUUGAUCGCCCACUUCUUAGCUAGCAUUGGAAAGGAAAGAAAUGAAUCCAUCAACACUUUAGACCUAAACAUACCCUUAGAGUGAAAGGAAAAAAUGGACUAAGAUUUCUCCUAACUUAGAAAGAAAACACUUCCCUUCUACUAGGCUAGUUGAUUGUCUAGUUUGUAACUUUACAAGGUAUGUACAAACAAGAAGCAAUAAAUUAAAAUUAACAAUUC